UUAUGGUGUCGCGGCGUUAACGCAGUUAUGAACGCGCGUGUUGCACUUUCGGUGGCCUGCCCUUUGCUGAUCGUUUUAUCGGCGUCGCUGGUCGAUCAGGCUGACGCUCGCGUGAAGAGAAGCCCGGACCCGCCAUGGGCGAAGAACGACGAUCGCGGCCCUCCCGGCCAUGGAGGCAACAGAUACGGCGGACAGCCGAAUUUCAACGAUAAAAGAGGCCCUCCUGGUGGCCGGCCGCCGGGAUUAUCCGGCGGAGGUCCUCCAGGAUUAAGCGGAGGCGGUCCUCCUGGUUUAUUCGGCGGAGGUCCUCCGGACGGUCCUCCCGGCGGGCAUCCGGGCGGUCCUCCAGGCAGUCCUCCUGGUUUCAAUAAACCUGGGAAGGGCCCAGGAAGGCCGCCGAAUUUGGACUACGACGAUGAUUAUAGACCAGGAAGGCCAGGAGGGCCAGGAGGGCCAGGAGAGAGACCUUUUGAUGGUGAUAGACCUGAUGAUCGUGACGAAAUCGAUAGAACGCAACCUCCUGAGGAAAUUAAAUGCAGGAAAAACGAGUUCCGUUGUAGAAGCAACGAAUGUUUGCCGAAGGCUGCGAGGUGCGACAACAGACCAGAUUGUCGCGAUUCAAGCGAUGAACUCGACUGUCCUACAACACCGGAAAACGAAUCUGGCUGCGUCCUACCCGAACAACCUGAAGGUGGAAGUUACGAGCUGGGUGGUUGCGGUAAACCUUGCUCGAUGCGUCCCGGGGAUAAAGUUCCCAGUAACAGCAUUCUGACUUACACCUGUCGGAACAAUUACGUUUUGAAAGGAAGCUCCGUUCCUGUUUGCGUCAACGACAAAUGGCACAACAUGCCCUCGUGUCUCAAAACGUGUUCUCCGUUGAGCAGCUCCACGGUGAAUAUUUUAUGCGCUUACCAGGGGAACGAAGUGUCUUGCACCGAUCGAAUUAAACCGGGAACGGUGGCGACUUUGUCGUGCAAAUCGUCCUACAAAUUGCCCGUGACGAAUGACCCAGGGUAUCGCGCAGUCACUUGUCUCGAAGAAGGAUUAUGGGACCGUCCUCUCUUCCGUUGUCUUCCAGAGUGUGGAAUAGCCAUUUCACAGGGUAACGCGCUGGUCGUGCACGGAUUCGAGGCCAAGCUCGGUGUAUUUCCGUGGCACGUCGGUAUUUACAACGAAAAAGCGAAAAACAAUUACGAGCAAAUUUGCGGAGGCACUCUCAUAAGCAGCAAUCUAGUCGUAUCAGCCGCUCACUGUUUCUACGACGAGGUGUACGGUAAACUGAAGGACAAAUCGAAGUACGCGGUGGCGGCGGGCAAGCACUAUCGCAGUUGGGACGCGAACGAGAAUUACGUGCAGAAAUCGAUGCUGGCCGAGAUCUCGUUGCCGGAGCGGUACAUCGGCAUGAAGGGGAAUUUCGCCCAAGACAUAGCCCUUCUGAAAUUGAAGACACCGUUCGAGUUAACCACAGUGGUACGGCCGAUCUGCAUAGACUGGGACAACGUGUACGAGACUAGGCAAUUGGAAUUGGGCCAGAACGGAAAGUCGGUUGGCUGGGGCAAAACGAUCGAGGAUGUGCCCAGCGAGACGCUGCAGGAGGUAAACAUGCCGUUUGUACCUUACGGGCAGUGUCUGUCAGCCGUGCCUGAAGAGUUUCGGGGAUUCAUUACGUCUGACAAAUUCUGCGCUGGUCGAUUGAACGGCUCGAGCGUUUGCGACGGCGACAGUGGAGGAGGUCUGUGCUUCGAAAUGGAAGGAAUUUGGUAUCUGCGCGGUAUCGUCAGUGUCAGCCCAGUCAAGGCCAACAGAUGUGAUUAUCGCUCUUACACGGUAUUCACCUCGACUGGUUACUUCCGAGAUUGGAUUCGAGCCGCUUACGUCAACACGUGAAGAACACUCGCU